CUGAGAAAAGAGUAAAAGAAAAUCUUGGAUUCCGGAGGUUGUUUAUCCAUUUGUACCCGCGACGGCGCAAGAGUUUCCCUGCAAUGGCCUCCGUCGCGGCGACCAUGGCGACGCCGACGCGCCACCACCGGUUCCGCGUGCGCGCCGCCUGGGAUAUGAAUCCGGGGGCCGCCACCGUCGCCAUGCCUAAGCCAUCCAAGGCCAAGGCCAAGCCCGCUCUUCCGCAGUCACCGGCGACGGCGACCACCCCGGCCCGCGCGCCGCCUCCCACGCACGAGGACCUCUUCGCGCGCAGCAGCGAGGGACAAGCAGCAAAGAAGAGCACAUAUAUGGGUUUUGAGAAGUGGUGGUUGCCACCGGCGCCAGAGGUGAAGAAGCCCCGUUCACUCUACAAUGCGGCAUCACUGGCAUACUUGGGAGACUGCAUAUAUGAACUUUAUGCUCGGAGACACUUCUUCUUUCCACCACUAAGCAUCAAUGAAUACAAUAAGCGUGUGAUGGAUGUCGUGAAAUGCGAAUCACAGGAUCUCUUACUGAAUAAACUUCUCGGAGAGGAUUUUCUAACUCAAGAAGAAAGGGACAUACUUCGUUGGGGAAGGAACAUUGUUAGCAGCAAAACUCGUACCAGAAAACGUGCAGGGAUUGCAGUCUACAAUCGAGCAUCUUCACUUGAAACCCUGAUCGGAUAUCUUUACCUCACGAAUUUCAAGCGUUUGGAGCAAAUGAUGUUUCAAUUAGGAUUCACAAGUGGUGCUUCGUCACAGAAUAUUGCAGAUGAGCUGCGUGCGAGCUUCCAGGAAACAUCCUCCACUCCUGUACAAUCUCAUCAACCCCCAAAUCGAUGAGUAGUUUCCAAACACAGUGACCUUGGUACGGAACGGUACUUCCUCUGAUGACGCAGCAACUGAUACAAGAAUGAAAAAAUAGUGGAAGUUGUUUGCGUGUCAGCGAGCUCUAGUGAGUUGAACAACAUAUAUGGUGCAUGCAGCCAUGCAAGAGUAAUUGUGGAUGUCAAGGAGCUGGUGAUUCUUAUAUGCCGACACCAUUAAGGCCACGAGUGCCUAGACACCUGAGCUUUCUGUGGAUUCUGUGUAAUUCUUGAAUGAGGGCUUGUUUGCAAAGAUCUGUGGAAUGACCCGGUGUCGAAACUAUGGGGGGAAGCUUUAGAUGUAUCAGCUGGACGUUGAUUUUUAAACAAUAUACUUAGAAGAGUUAUGAUAAUCUGAAGCAAAUCACUCAAAACACCUUUAAGGUUAUUACUUUGAUGGAAAGCUCAUUUAAGUUUGAUAAGGAAGACAAUUGUCAAAGCCCCUUGUAUGUUCCAAAACUUUUGUGGCUCGAUAGACGAUAGCAUUACAGAUAUGGAUUGAGCUGGCUUCAAAAUA